GGAGACACGGAGGAGUGGGGUGGACCUUAGUUUCCUCCCUGUGUCCUGGGGCCUGUGCCCCUUAGAAUCACUGCUGCAGGCAUGUCAGGAACAGCAGAGGGUCCUUACCAGGCCCAGCCAGCAAGGGGUGAGGACCAGGUAGAAUAGAACCCAGCUGUCUGGGGAAACGGAGGCAGGGCUGGGAGGAGCUGCCUGGCAUCCCAGUUUGCCCCCAGCAUCCCAUCUGAACCCUGAGUGCCUGCAGAGGGGCCUGGCCACUGUGGACGGGGCACCCGGGGAUGGCAGGGUACGACCUGGCGGGCUGGUGCGUUGUUGACAGCGUCUGUGGCUAGAUUCCGCCCUGUACAGUAAUUGUCCCUGCACUGCCAGUAAUCGCCCUGACUUACCAGGCAGGCAUCAUUUCCUGAAAGUCAGCGGCCUUAGGGGAAGUAGGCGCUGGUGGUGACUAAACCAACAUGCAAAUGCAGCCGAGCUGGGGCUGAGAGCAGACCUCGGAGCUGGCUGCUGUCUGCCGGCCCAGCGCCCAAGGUCAUGAGGGAGUGCUCCUUCGAGGGGACCCACCGGCGGCCACGCCAUGUCCCAGCUACAGUUCUGGUUGCAGUUUGCAGAACUCAACAAGGAAUCCUCGUACCUCGAUGACCUCUCCAACGCCUCCAUCUUCUCCUCAUCUGUGGACUCCCUCUCGGACAUCGCAGACACCCCUGACUUCCUGCCCGCCGACAGCCUCAGUCAGGUGCCCACCAUCUGGGACGUGAGCACCGGCCCCUCCGCCCAUGACAAGUUGUUCCUGCCCAGUGGUCCAUUUACUGGCCUCGAGGACCCUGUGUCCGCCCUUCCUAGCACCCCACUUCUUGUCAGCUACCAGGACUGUCCCCACCAUGAGAACACUGGUCUUCAGUCUCAGAGUCAGCCAGAGGAGGAGGAGGAGGCAGAGGAGGAUGAAGCAGAGGAGCUGGGCCACACGGAGAUCUACGCGGACUACGUGCCAUCCAAGUCCAAGGUCGGGAAGCAGCAUCCAGACCGUGUGGUGGAGACCAGCACGCUGUCCAGCGUCCCUCCACCAGACAUCACCUACACCCUUACCCUGCCUGCCUCAGACAGCGGGGUUCUGUCUGCCUUGCAGCUGGAGGCCAUCACCUAUGCCUGCCAGCAACAUGAGAUCCUGCUUCCCAGCGGGCAGCGGGCAGGCUUCCUCAUUGGCGACGGUGCAGGUGUGGGCAAAGGGCGCACGGUGGCUGGCAUCAUCCUUGAAAACUACCUGCGGGGCCGCAAGAAGUCCCUGUGGUUCAGUGUCUCCAACGAUCUCAAGUAUGAUGCAGAGCGUGACUUGCGAGACAUCGAUGCCCCUGACAUCUCGGUGCAUGCGCUGAGCAAGAUCAAGUAUGGUGACAACACUACCUCAGAGGGCGUCCUAUUCGCCACCUACUCCGCCCUCAUCGGGGAGAGCCAGGCUGGUGGGCAGCAUCGCACGCGAAUCCGGCAGAUCCUUGAAUGGUGCGGGGAGGCCUUUGAUGGUGUGAUCGUGUUUGAUGAGUGUCACAAAGCUAAGAAUGCCAGCUCCACCAAGAUGGGCAAGGCCGUGCUGGACCUGCAGAACAAGCUGCCUCUGGCCAGAGUGGUAUAUGCCAGUGCCACAGGUGCCUCUGAGCCCCGAAACAUGAUCUACAUGAGCCGCCUGGGCAUCUGGGGUGAGGGUACACCCUUUCGGACCUUUGAGGAGUUUCUGCAUGCCAUUGAGAAAAGGGGUGUGGGUGCCAUGGAGAUCGUGGCCAUGGACAUGAAGGUCAGUGGCAUGUACAUUGCACGCCAGCUCAGCUUUAGUGGUGUCACCUUCCGAAUUGAGGAAAUCCCACUGGACCCAACCUUCGAGCGUGUCUACAACCAAGCAGCCCUGCUGUGGGCCGAGGCCCUGGGCGUGUUCCAGCAGGCAGCCGACUGGAUUGGCCUGGAGUCCCGUAAGUCCCUGUGGGGUCAGUUCUGGUCAGCCCACCAGCGCUUUUUCAAGUACUUGUGCAUCGCUGCCAAGGUGCGCCGGCUCGUGGAGCUGGCCCAGGAGGAGUUGGCCAAGGACAAGUGCGUGGUCAUCGGGCUGCAGUCCACAGGCGAGGCACGGACUCGGGAGGUGCUGGAUGAGAAGGAUGGGCAGCUUGACUGCUUCGUCUCAGCCGCUGAGGGCGUCUUUCUGUCACUAAUUCAGAAGCACUUUCCUUCCACCAAAAGAAAGCGAGACAGAGCAGCAGGCAGUAAGAGAAAACGGCGGCCUAGGGGCCGAGGGGCCAAGGCAUCCAGGCCAGUGUAUGACAUGGCAGGCGUGAUCCGAAUCAGUGAUGACAGCAGCACCGAAUCAGAUGCCGGCCUGGACAGUGACUUCCACUCUUCACCCGAGUCCCUGGUGGACGAUGAUGUGGUUAUCGUGGAUGCUGUGGGGCUUCCUGCUGACAACCGUGGCCUCCUGUGCCCCCCACAGCGAGACCCCCAUGGACCUGGUAUCCUGGAGCGGGUGGAACGGCUGAAGCAGGACCUGCUGGCCAAGGUGCAGGUGCUGGGCCGGGAGCUGCCAGUCAACACCCUGGAUGAGCUCAUCGACCAGCUAGGGGGCCCUGAACAUGUGGCAGAGAUGACUGGUAGGAAGGGCCGAGUGGUGUCCAGGUCUGACGGGACUGUGGCCUUCGAGUCUCGGGCGGAGCAGGGCCUCUCCAUUGACCACGUGAACCUCAGGGAGAAGGAGCGCUUCAUGAGAGGGGAAAAGCUUGUGGCCAUCAUCUCAGAGGCUUCCAGCUCUGGAGUCUCUCUCCAAGCUGAUCGUCGGGUCCAGAACCAGCGGCGCCGGGUCCACAUGACACUUGAGCUGCCCUGGAGUGCUGACCGUGCCAUCCAGCAAUUUGGUCGGACCCAUCGGUCCAAUCAAGUCUCUGCGCCAGAAUAUAUCUUCCUCAUCUCAGAGUUGGCCGGAGAGCGCAGGUUUGCCUCCAUUGUCGCCAAGCGACUAGAGAGCCUGGGGGCUCUGACACAUGGGGACCGUAGAGCCACUGAGUCCCGAGACCUGAGCAAGUACAACUUUGAGAACAAGUAUGGCGCCCGGGCCCUCAGCUGUGUCCUCACCACCAUCCUGAGCCAGACAGAGAACAAGGUGCCCCUGCCCCAGGGCUACCCAGGAGGGGACGCCGCUUUCUUCCGGGACAUGAAGCAGGGCCUGCUAUCGGUUGGCAUCGGUGGGCGGGAGUCCAGGUCCGGCUGCCUGGAUGUGGAGAAGGACUGCUCCAUCACCAAGUUCCUCAACCGGAUCCUGGGGCUGGAGGUGCACAAGCAGAACGCGCUGUUCCAGUACUUCUCUGACACCUUUGACCACCUCAUUGAGGUGGACAAGAAAGAGGGCAAAUACGACAUGGGCAUCCUGGACCUGGCUCCGGGCAUUGAGGAGAUCUACGAAGAGAGCCAGCAGGUGUUCCUGGCCCCCGGACACCCGCAGGAUGGGCAGGUGGUCUUGUACAAGAUCACCGUGGACCGUGGCCUGAAGUGGGAGGAGGCAUAUACCAGGUCACUGGAGCUGACAGGCCCCCAUGAUGGCUUCUACCUCUCCUACAAGGCUCGUGGCAACAAGCCCAGCUGCCUCUUGGCCGAGCAGAACCACAACAAGCUCUUCACUGUGUACAAGCCCAAUAUUGGCCGGCAGAGCCAACUGGAGACCUUUGACAGCCUAUGCCGGAAGUUCCAACGGGUGACAGCAGAGGAGGCCAGGGAGCCCUGGGAGAGUAACUACACCUUGUCGCUGAAGCACUGCAGCCAUACCUCGUGGAACCGGCAAUGCCGGCUGGUGCAGGAGGGCAAGGACUGUGUGCAGGGCCUGAGGCUACGGCACCACUACAUGCUGUGCGGGGCACUAUUGCGAGUGUGGGGCCGCAUCGCUGCUGUCAUGGCUGAUGUUACCAGCAGCAGCUACCUGCAGAUCGUUCGCCUUAAGACCAAGGACAAGAAGAAGCAAGUUGGCAUCAAGAUCCCUGAGAGCUGCAUGCCCCGAGUGCUACAGGAGCUGCAACUCAUGGAUGCAGAUGUGAAGCGCAAGAAUGUGCAGGGCCAGGGCUAUCCACUGCCGCCGCCACCAGCCCUGCGCCCACUCUCACUGCCCUGUGGCCCUGGUGAGGUCCUGGACCUCACGUACAGCCCACCAGCCCAGGUCUUCCCACCGCCCUCACCCUUUGCCUUUCCACUUCCCCCAGACCCUACUCCCACCCCCAGCGGACUGCUGCUGGGCUCCCCCAAUGCCCCAGCUGACCCUGCAGCUCUCAUGCACCAGGGCUGCAACAUCAACUUCAAAGAGGUGCUAGAGGACAUGAUGCGUUCUUUCAAUGCUGUGCCACCUCCAGAGCCCACUGGGGCGCUGGGCGGCGGUGCAGGGAUUAUGGGUGUACCAGGGGGUGGUGGGGGCCCUGAGCGGCAGAGUGUCAUCCAGUUCAGCCCCCCCUUCCCCAACUCCUAGGCCUGGGCUCCAGCACAGAGCCAGGCAUUCUCCCUGGACAAAACUUAUUUAUCUGUAAUAUGCCACAGGCAUGGUUUUGUACCAAAGUGGGUGGUGAGAAGGGCAGGUCCCCCUGCCAACUACUGAGAGGAAGCGGGGCUAGCCCGCCCCUCAUCCAGCCAACCAAGGCCUCCACUGCAGUGCCUUCCCCGGCCGGUGCCUCGGCAGACCCCUCAACAUGCUGCCGCCCUGCCCAGUGGAGCAGCGAGUGUGCACAUCCCACUCGGACUCAGGUGGGGCCUGGGGGCGGAGGGUGCCCCUCGCCUCUUCACUCCUGCCCUCCAGGCCUGGGUGGGACUCCCGUCCCCAGCCCACCCCAUCAGGCCUGGAAAGACCAGAACCCCUGAAAUACACAAAACUGGGUGGCCCCAAGAGCUGGAAACUCAGGAAACCCCCAGUUCGGUUCUCAGGGCCUUCGUCUCUGGGAGGCUGUGUGGGGCAGACCCCCUAUUAAUAUAUGCAAUCCCCCUACCUGCUCUCUGCUCCCUAAAUUAUUGCCCAAGUGCCUCUUCCAGGCCCCAGAAUCUGCCUGUGGAACUGGAGGGGUAGAGGGUGGUCCCUGGUUUCUACGUGUAUUUAUAAUUCAAGUGUAUAUAUGUAAAAAGAUCUUUUUUAAAUAUAUGUGUCUUUUCACUACU